AUGAUAAUCUUGCUUUCUCUCACCAAACCAGAUCCAUCGUCUCCCUUCAUCUCUCCCUCUUCUCCAGAUCUUGCUUUCUCUCCGCCAAACCCCACCCCUCACGCCGCCCCUAGCGCCGCCCUCACGGCGCACGACGAUGGUCUGCUUAGACGCCGACGAGUAGGGAUGAUGCUCGAUGCUUCUGGACGAAGGGACAAGGAGACGACUGCUGCUUGCUUGAAACGAAAGAGAACGGCCUCUGCAAAUUCGAUCGAGGGCUGGGAACUAUUCGAUUUUUAUCCCGUGCAUAGACCUUUUUGA